AUGCACGCCCUAUUGGUGGCACAAGAGCCUGAAGUACAACACCCUCAGAAACUGCAAGAGGAGACCAAGGAUGGGAAAUUCACUCAAUUCUUGGAAAUCUUUAAAAAGAUACACAUCAAUAUUCCUUUUGCUAAGGUGUUGGAGAAGAUGCCUCCCUAUAUGGCCUGUUUGAAAAGUGCAUUCUCUGAAAAGAAGGUCUUAAAGGGAGAUAAAACUGUGAUAUUGACCAAGGAGUGUAGUGCACUAGUCCAGAAAAGGCUACCCAAGAAGAUGCAUGAUCCCAGAAGUUUCCUGAUUCCCUAUACUAUAGGGACCAUCACAUUUGAGAAGGCACUGUGUGACCUUGGUUCAAGCAUAAAUCUGAUGCCUCUCUCUGUGAUGAAGAAGCUGGGGAUUCAAGAGGCACAGGCCACAAGAAUUGUACUAGAGAUGGCCGACAAGUCCCGAAAGCAGGCAUACGAAUUGGUGGAGAAUGUCCUAGUAAAGGUUGAAGACCUUUACCUCCCUGCAGACUUGUGA